AUGAGUAUAGAAGAUGAGGAUAAUCAGGAUUUAAAUAAUCCUAUGGUCAAUGAUCUAGUAUCAAAAAUUCUUGAUGAUGAUUCAAUUGUUGGUGACAGUGCUCACAAUAUUAGUUAUAAUGGCAAUAUUCAAUAUUAUUCAGAUACUCAGCCCUGUAACAUGGAAAAUAAAAUGGAAAAUAAUACAGAUCCUAAUUUUACUAUGGAUCGCUUCAACAUGCAUUCAACAUUUAAUAAAUUACAGAAUAACAUUUCUAAUAAUGUUAAACUCGAGUGUAAUUAUAACAAUCUUUGUGGAGAACUCAAAACAUUGAGCCUCAAUACAUGUGUAGGACAAGUACCAGAUCAAGCAAAUUUAUAUAACAACGGGGUUGGUGCAUAUCCAAAUACGUAUCCAUCUGAUUCACAAUCAUAUGCAUUACGUCCAAAUAGUGAAAAUUACUGUGUUAGCGGAAGUACUAUGCCUUUAUGCAAUGAUUUAUUAACAACUACAAAUGAGACAAAUAUGAGUAAACAGUCUAACUGGACAGAGAAUUUGUCAACACCAGGUUGCACAUCAGAUCUAUUUGGAAAUUAUCAACGAAUACAAAAUUGUACAAACCCAGAUCUUAAUUUCAAUAUGGCUCUAACAUUGGCUCUAGAUUCACCUGACCCAAUUACUCUGAACGAAUUAGAAUAUCACAAUAAUAUUAGACAAAAUGGAACUGCUAAUACAUAUAAUAAUCUGACACCUUCUAUGCAUGAAUUAUACAGUAUGACUGCCAAUAAUCAAAGUUACAGACCAAGUUCAGCAAUGACUGAUUUGAGUAUUGAUUCUGGCUUUCUUUCGAACUCUCCAUUACAACAUUUUUCUCCAGCUGAUACGAAUUUGCACAAUUUUGGGAAUAAUAUACAACGCAGUAAUGCUAAUGAUUAUAAAGAUUUACAUGAUUCAAAUAGAUUAAGCGUGGCAAAUAUCUCCCUACCAAAUGAACAACUCCAAUUUUUGCAACAACAAGCUCGUAGCUACAAAUUAAAUCAAGCUGUGGACCAAGAAUAUAAGCAACUAAUCGAUUAUUAUCCAAGUGUAAGCGACCACAUCUUUACCACAUCAUCGAUCAAUAGUUUAGAUACAAACGAAAAUUGUCUUACAAAUAACGAUUAUAGAAUUGAUAAUAAUUUACUGAAAAUUAUCAGUCCAAAAUCAAAGACUAUCGAAUCUAAGACAUAUUCACCAAUUGGAUUUCCAAAAAAUUUAAGUUCACGUAACGCUCAUCAGUCAAUUGCAAAAUAUGGAUAUCACAAUUAUCAACAUUACACUGCCAAUAGCGGCGAGACUUUGAAAAUGUUACCACAAAGUUCCACAUCUUAUCAGGACUUGAAGCAGCCUAAUAGUACUAAUACGUAUAAGAUGGAAGGAUUUGACCUUACCAAAGAAAUAGCUUUUCCUUCAGUAAAUCAUUUGACAAAUCAAAUCGCAGGGUCUUCAAUGAACAAAGAUACUUUUAAUUAUCUUAUGAAACAACGACAUCACAUGCCAAGAAUACAAAAUAGUGCUGGUAUUCCAUCUGCUGAUGUUCUUUUUAAUUCGGGAAUAGUACCAAAUCCUGGUACAGUAAGAUCUGGAGUAUUCCCACCAGUAAUGCCAGUUCCUGUACCACUUCCGAUCCCACGUUUAUUUUCUGUACUUUAUGGUGGAGGUUUGAGUCUUAGAAAUGGAAGUGGAGCAGCUAGACGUACAGCACCUUCAAGUAUAUUGCACUUCAGACUAGAGCAAACUUACGAACAGUUUAAACAAUUAGAAAAAGAACGUAAGAAAUGUGAGGCUGGGUUAGCUGCUCAUUUCCCUGGCAAAAGAGUGACAAGUGCAAAUAAUAUACCUAUUCCUCGCCUUCAAGGAAAUCCAUCACGUGUCGAUCGUUUAAUCAUUGACUAUUUGAGAGAGCAUGCACGCGUUAUAACUUUGAUUGCGAAGAUGGAACGUUUGCGAGGGACCACGAUGAAUCAACGCGUACAUAAAGCUAUGGAGUAUUGGUUGGAAGCAAUAAAAUUUGUUCAAGAAUGUCGUAAACGAGAAAUUGCAAAUGCUACUAAACGCCAGAAAGAGAAUCCACCGUGUAUUCUUGUAUACAAUGAUAACGAUAUAUUAACAUUGGCAGCCAGUGUCUACGAAUUGACGAAGGCAUCUCGAUAUGCUAGAACUGGUAUGUAUAAUGCAUUACAAGCCACACUAUUGUAUGAUCUGGAAAUAGAAAAAAAAAUCGUUGAAACUUCUAAAGAUCCAGUUCUCGUGAUAAAACGUAAUGAAAGUCAGAUUGCAAGUGACGUUGGUGAUUAUUCAAGCUGUACCUAGCAAGAUUUUGAAAGCCGCUUUUCCAUUUCGUAUGACAAAACAUAGAUCGAGUCCAGCAGCUUUUUACGUACGUAUUCCGCAUUACGUUAAUGAAAAGCUUUUGCUGGCGUUUAUCAUAAUUUUAUCGCUGAGACAAAAAAUGCCGCCCAUUAAUUGCGAAAUUUUCAAAACAUCAUACGAAGAAAUAUGCGUAUACCGCGUCGGAAUAGGGAAAUCGUAUGCGUAUCUACUUUUUACAAAUUAAUAUUAUAGUAACUCCAUAGUUUUCUACUGUACAUAUAUUUAUCCCUACUAUAAUACAGUCUUGGGAGUGUCAGUUUUCGGUAUCCAAUACUUGUGAUCCAGUUGUCUAUCGUAUGUCGCACUUUCAAGUGAGUUUGCUUGUUCUUUGUUGAUAUAUUAACAAAAAGAAAACCUACGAACGUCGAUAUUUCUAUCUUUGGGUAUGCUGUCUUGCAUAUUUCACAAUGCCAAAGAUAAUCAUUUCAAAUGGUUCAUUUCAUUGAGGAUCCGAUGCUCGUAAAAAAGGACAAGAUUGCUCAGAUGUGAUUGCCGAAAAGAAGCAAAAAAGAAACAAAAAAAGGAAGAAGUAAGAGAGGAGAAAGGAACGUUCGCAAGAAUUUCCAACUAUUACUCGUUUAAGUAUGUGUCAUAUGGUUAGAUGAUAGGUUAACUUUCAUCAAUAUAUUUGUUCAAAGUGCUAGGCAGUAAUUUCUUAGACUAGUUCAAUGUGGCCUUCCUUAAAUGUGUGACCCAAGAUGUAUAUCAGAUAGUCAAAAUACAUCUCGAAAAAUCUUCGAAUAUUUCGAAAAAUUGAAAACGCGAUACAGCAACUUAAAUCUCAGAUCGGGUGAGCUUUUCUCAAUCUGUGAAAUGUGUGUAGCCUUUGAUCUGACUCGAUAUAUAGAUGUAUAUAUAUAUAUAU